AUGGUGGCUGACCCUAGUGUUGGCGACGCUAAGUACAAGCCUCUGACAUCCGAUCUAAAGAAGCUCGUCAAAGAUAUCCUAAUGAAGGAAGUACGAGAGAUCUGCAGUGAGCUACUCAAGGAUCCUGAAAUGGUGGCCCGGGCUACCUUUGUGGAAUACCACGACGACGACCCCACGGUCAGUGACUUCGAGAAAUUGAGAAGGAAGAAACAAAGGAACGAAGAACAAGUUCCAGUCCAGGCAGCUCUUGGGGAUCGAGUGGAGCGAGAGGUAGAGGCAUGGUUCUCGCAAGACUUUCAUCUCACUACUGCUCUCAAACUACAGAAGUCUCGUCCCGUCCCCCAGGAUGUUCUUGAUCGGCUCGGAACAAACAAGAUCUGUUGGCUUGAAAAUGUGGAGAAGAUCGUCCAACACUUUGAUAUCAUGGACUGGUGGGAGCGGGAAGGGAAGAUUACCUAUCCCUUGAUUUAUGCCGUGGCCUGUUGCAUCCUUGCCCUUCCCGACAGCAAUGGAUUCCAAGAACGAACCUUUAGUGCGGCGACUUGGAUGGACGGAAUCCUCAAUGCUCUGCAAGGUGACGUCACCUUCCAAAUGAAGGUUCUCGUCUACAAGAAUGCCGAGUUCUUGCGGAAGUACCGCCAGUACUUGAAGGAGGGCUAUCUGGAUAAGGCAAAGGAAAAGAUCAAAAUGCUAUUGAGCAACACUACUGCGGAUAUGAAGUCAGAUGAGAUUACGAGUGACAUGGAAGAUAUGCUUGAGGACCUGGGUUUGUUGGAUGGUGACGAUUAGGCAUGGCGUGGCAUUGCGUGGCAAUACGAUGGAAGUCUCACACCUUUCACUCGUCAAGGGUAUCUAUCUCUGUUACUAGCAA